CUCUCUGUGCAUAUUCGAACCUGAAGAAACCCAUGCAAGAUCCCAAGAAGUAAAGUACAAAAAUCCUCAAAAUAAAAUUUGUUUUUCUUGGCUAUUUUCCUCAGGAAAAUUCGCUCGAGAUUGUGUGGGGUUUUACUCCCAUGUGGAUGAACAAUGGCAAGAACAACUUUCCCGGCAGGGGAUUUUCAACCCCUCCUCCGUCGUGGAGAUCGAGGCCGUUCCGAUCACCGAAAACGGCGCCGUUCUUAGAUAGGAAAAGAUCGUCUCCGAAUUCCGCGAACAAAUCUGAUCUGUUUCAUGUCAUUCACAAAAUUCCUGCCGGGGACUCUCCUUAUGUUAAGGCCAAACAAGUUCAGUUGAUAGACAAAGAUCCGAGUAGGGCUGUGUCUUUGUUUUGGGCUGCAAUAAAUGCUGGGGAUCGUGUGGACAGUGCUCUAAAAGACAUGGCUGUAGUAAUGAAGCAGCUCGACCGCUCCGAUGAAGCGAUCGAAGCGAUACGAUCGUUUCGCCAUCUCUGCUCUUAUGAUUCUCAGGAGUCCAUUGACAAUGUCUUGAUUGAGUUAUACAAGCGAUCUGGAAGAAUCGAAGAAGAGAUCGAUAUGCUUCGAUGCAAACUGAAACAGAUCGAAGAUGGCACGGUUUUCGGAGGGAAGAAGACGAAGGCUGCGAGAUCCCAAGGGAAGAAAGUGCAAAUUACUGUUGAACAAGAGAAAUCAAGAGUUCUUGGAAACUUGGCUUGGGCUUUCUUGCAGCAGGACAACGUCGACGUCGCUGAAGAGUAUUACCGGAAAGCUUUGUGUCUCGAGACUGAUAAUAACAAACAAUGCAAUCUUGCUAUCUGUCUGAUCCUUAUGAAUCGGCUACCGGAAGCGAAGUCGAUGCUUCAGUCGAUACGAGCUUCUUCUGGUGGCACGGCCAUGGAAGAGUCGUAUGCCAAAUCGUUUGAACGCGCAUCUCAUAUGUUAGCUGAAAAAGAAUCGAAGUUGUUCAAUUCAUCAGAGCUGGAAGAAGGUAAUAGCACAACUGUUAGAGCUGGGACUUGUGUUCCUCAGCUCACUUCAUCCAUGAGGUGGACUCGAGAUGACGAAGAGAUGUACGUAAAUGAAAAUAGUCGGGACGAUCAUCACUGGAACCGACAUGAGAACGAGUCAUUUGGAUGGAGUGAAGAUUGUUUUAGUGAAAAUCUAGGAAAAAGUAGCUCCUGCAUUUCCAUCAAAAUGAAGGAAAAUCGAAACCGAAACCGAGACCGAGACCAAGAUGGUUUAUUGAGAUUAGUAGAUGAGGGUGUGAAUUGCUGCUCAUUGUAUUCAUCUCCGACUCGAGCGAAACGACACGUUGAAGUUCCAUUCACUCAAGCGAAGAAUUCCUUAUGGGAAUUCAAUAAUCGAUGUCAACCGAACGAAACGAUGCAGCGAAAAAGAACCAGUUCGAGUAAUAGGAAAGUUUUGUUUGAUCCAGAUCAAAGUUUUGACAAUGGUUUUGCUGUAGAUGCUUCUUCUGAAUCUGAACGAAGCGGACCAACCUCGAAUUACAUGUCGAAGAUGUCUGCAGCUUCUGAUGCAGUUGAACUGGAGGUUCCGUUCACGCAACCGAGGAGUUGUUCGUGGGGAAUAAACGGAGGAGAUCGUCAGCAAAAGACGUCGGAAUGCUUCAGAAGUUUGCUCAGCAGUAGUUCUAGUAGAAAACUUUCAUUUGAGCCUCACACAAGCACUGAAAAUACUCAAGCAUUGACAUGUUCAAGCUUUGGAAGAUCUGAACUUUCAAGAGCAGUGAGUGAUGAAGACGUCGAGUACGAAGAACGUGCAAUGCCAUACGACUCGAUGAAGAUACAGAAAGAACACAAACACAAUUCAUCAGCAGUUGGUGGGAAGAAGAGUUGGGCAGAUAUGGUCGAAGAAGAGGAAGAAGAGGACGACGGUGACAACGAGAAGGAAGACGAUACAGAAGAAACGUCCUCAAGCGAACGAGCUCGAGUCAACUGCUUCAACGAUCGGGGGAGCAGCAGUGACAAUGAGGAGUUGAAGUUCAAUGAUGAAAAUCUAAAUUCCAACAUACUCCACCAGAAGAACCACAGUCCUCCAAGCAGCAAUCAUGUUGAAGAUGGAGCUAAGGACUCGGUCGACGUCGUUUCGUCGAGAAACUCAGCAGUACGACGGCCUUUGUGCUUCGACCAACAGCCGACGCUAGACUCGGCUGAUAACCGACGCUCGUCCCCGCUGCCAAAGAAAGAUUCGACAACUGAGGAUGAAGAGAAUGUGAAGUUGAUAAGGAGAAACAGAUUGCAGAUCUUCCAAGAGAUUACAGUGCAUCAAGAGCUAAGCUUUAUUGUCUCUUUCUUCUCUCACCGGCACCGGCAGCUCCACUGUAUUAUUUUGGGGCACAGAAUCUUUUUCGAUUGUCGUCGGCUCCGCUGCCUCCGGCCGGUGCUCGCCGCCACGCCCUCCGAUAAAGUCCAUCUCCAGUGGACGCGGAAGUUUCGCAUUUUGAGUGUUCCGAAGGCUGCUUCUUUUCGUACUUCUUAUUCUACCGGAGGAAUUUUGGGCAAAGGCAUAGAGUGUUCAAUGAAGUCUUACAAGUUAUCUGAACUUAAUCAGGAUGCUGUCACUAGUCUAAAGGCCCGUCCUCGCAUUGAUUUUUCUUCAAUAUUUGGUGUGGUCCAGCCCAUUGUUGAUGAUGUUCGAAAAAGAGGUGAUGUUGCAGUUAGAGACUAUACUUCAAAGUUUGACAAAGUUGAACUCAACGAGAUUGUUGUUAGUGUCUCUGACCUGCCAGAGCCAGAGCUUGAUGCAGCUGUCAAAGAAGCAUUUGAUAUAGCUUAUGACAACAUAUAUGCAUUUCAUGCUGCCCAGAUAUCGGCUGAGAAAAAUGUUGAAAAUAUGCCUGGGGUUAAAUGCAAACGUGUGGCAAGAAGCAUUGCUUCUGUUGGUCUCUAUGUUCCUGGGGGAACUGCUGUUCUACCUUCAACGGCUUUGAUGCUCUCUAUUCCUGCCCAGAUUGCUCGUUGUGGUACUGUUGUUCUUGCAACACCUCCCAGUCAGGAUGGCAGCAUAUGCAAGGAGGUGCUCUAUUGUGCGAAGAAGGCUGGUGUGACUCACAUUCUUAAAGCAGGGGGAGCUCAGGCUAUCUCUGCUAUGGCUUGGGGGACAGAAUCUUGCCCUAAGGUGGAGAAAAUUUUUGGCCCUGGUAAUCAAUAUGUAACAGCUGCCAAAAUGAUUCUUCAAAAUAGUGAAGCAAUGAUCUCAAUUGACAUGCCUGCGGGCCCUUCAGAAGUUCUGGUUAUUGCUGAUAGAUAUGCCAGCCCAGUUCAUAUAGCAGCAGAUCUGCUUUCCCAGGCGGAGCAUGGCCCUGACAGUCAGGUCGUUCUUGUAAUUGCUGGUGAUGGUGUGGAUCUUAAAGCUAUUGAAGAAGAACUCAGUAAACAAUGUAAAAGUCUUCCAAGGGGAGAGUUUGCUUCAAAAGCCCUGAGCCAUAGUUUUACUGUGUUUGCUCGUGAUAUGGUUGAGGCGGUCUCUUUUUCAAACUUAUAUGCACCUGAGCAUUUAAUAAUUAAUGUCAAGGAUGCAGAAAAGUGGGAGAGUUUCAUCCAGAAUGCAGGUUCGGUCUUCUUAGGGCCAUGGACCCCAGAAAGCGUAGGAGAUUAUGCAAGUGGGACAAAUCAUGUUCUUCCAACCUAUGGUUAUGCACGGAUGUAUGGUGGAGUUUCACUUGACUCGUUUUUAAAAUACAUGACUGUACAGUCUUUGACAGAGGAAGGUUUGAGAAAACUUGGUCCGUACGUCGAAAAAAUGGCUGAAGUUGAGGGAUUGGAUGCCCAUAAAAGAGCUGUAACUCUUAGAUUGAAGGAUAUUGAAGCCAGGCAGAUCUCAACUUCAAGCAAUAGCAACCGCAUUCGUAGGACCUGGAUUUCUCUGGUAGUGAACAAGACCAAUAGGGAACACAAACACAUCGCCCUUCUGCAACACUUUCCCUAUAUGUCGAUUUUCAGGAUACGAUGUGAUGAAUCCUACUUCUAGGCUGCCUUCCAAGACAAUCAAUAUCUCAGAAGCUCGAGGGUGCGUGUGCAGAGGGUUGAUGCCUCGUGGUGCAUAGUCUAUUCUAAUGAUGGAGAUGCCGAGAGUGUUGAGUCCAGGCAUUUCUGAUGGAGUAACUGGAGUCACAUGACACCCCAGGGCAUUUGAUGUGUUAGCUGCAAGGUGAAGCCCGCCAAAGGAAAAGUCAUCGGCAACAACAUGCUUUGGGUCCUUGCAGGUUAGUCCAUUUAGUAACACUGCAAUCAAUUUCUAACAGCAUGAGAUGCUUUAGUGAUAAGUCCUAGUAGAAUCAUGGAAAAGGGUAGCAUCUAAGAAACUUUAUAUUUUCUGAAAAAGAUGACAGAUAACUUAGAAAGAAAGCAAAUCAUGAUUAUCCUACACAAAUGUGUUAAAGAUGCAAGCAUGAAGGAAAGAAAGACUAGUUAUUAAAAGAAAGAGCACAAAUGAAAUGUAUUAGCAUAAAUGAAUAUGAUUACUCCCUUACAUUGGUUGGUUAUACCGUAGAAAUAGGCAACAAAAUUGUAGCUAAGCUAGAGAUUGCUGAAGAUUUAGAAAAUAAUAUGAGCAUCUUCUCAUUAGCAACUAAGAUAAAUUGUUAAAACUGCUAAGCAUAGGACCCAAAACAAGCUGGGGAGAUCAAACAAUACCUGUACUUCCAGUAUCUGCUACACAGAAAUCUUGAAUAGGGCUCUGGUCAGCUGCCAAAGCAAUAAAGAAGGGUAGUGCUAGAAAUGAAAUAGCUAAUAUACAGGCAUUAUAGGCCAUUAGA